GACUACAUCGCUGAUGUGGCUAAAGAAUUUGUCAUUGGAAAUGAAUUUAGAGAGCUGGAACCAUCAAUUAAACAAGCUGAAGAUCUUUUAUCCGGGCUUGUUAGUAACGUCAAGGAGAUUUUUGGUGAAGUUGAAAACCAGUCUAAGGUUGAGAUGGAUAAACUGAGGAAGUUCCGUGCAGAAAUAAACACAUAUCUGGACAGGCGCGAGAAGGAGUUGCUCGACAACAUUGAGAAGGUGAAGACUGAGGAUGAGAACGCGCUGACUGCACUUAAGACCGAUUGUGAGUUGAUGAAAACCGGACUUGAGGCCAUGAGGACGGAACUGACUUCCGGUGACGUCUCGGUGAACCAGCUGUACGUGACGGCAAGGCGAGGCCGUAAGGAGCUACGGGGAAUGUAUAACAGUAUGAAGAAGAUGGUUGAUAGGGUGAACGCCCGGAAGUACCAGUUUACUAAGGACGCGGACACGGAGCGGCUACUGGGAUCGAUAAUGGGCAUUGGCACACUUGACGUUGCGGGAGAGUUUCGAAAGAAUAUUCCAGUUCCUGACCUCUCUACUGUGACAUGGAAGAAUGGAGCAGACAUCAAUGUCAGAACGCCACAAGACCAGAGAACCUGCUUUAUUUCCGGCCUCACCCUGCUGUCUCCCGGAAUCUUCCUUCUGACUGACCGCGAUAACAGCUGUGCCAAACUGGUGGACGCCACCACCCGAACCGUCACGUCCCGACUCAAACUGCCAGGCGGGCCCUGGGACGCGUGUGUGCUCCCUGAUGACCAGGCCGCUGUCACUCUCCCGAAUAACUUCAUGAUACAACUGAUGUCUACGAAAGAAGGGCAGUUGUCGCGUGGAAAGGAAAUUAAAGUAUCAUAUGAGUGUCAUGGUAUUGCAUACUACAACAAUAGACUAUACGUUUCUUACCCAUAUUACCCGCGUAUUGAAGUGAUGACAUUGGAUGGGCUUAUUAUCAGUACAUUUCAAACAGUAGAUGAAAGACAAGCUUUCCAAGGCCCAUUCUACCUGACUGUGUCAGCUUCCACACCACCGACCCUGUACGUGUCUGACCAAACCGUCCACCAGCUGUCUCUAGACGGGAAGGCCCUAAGAGAGUACAGUGACAAGAAGCUCGAAUAUCCCGUGUCCGUGGUGGCGGUAGGUCCGGGUCAGCUGCUCGUGUGUGGGAAAAGUAGCCACAACGUGAUGCUGCUGACGGAGAGGGACGGCAAGAUGGUGGGAAUACUGGGACAUAAUGACGGACUGGUCAGUCCCUUCUCUGUGUCCUUUUGUCCCCACACACGCACAGUAGUUGUCGGGAUGAACGGAAAUGACUCAUUGAAGGUAUUAAAUGCAAACUGACAGUGUUUCUUCCUUAGUCGUGAUCGUUAUUUUUAGGAAGAAAUUACCAUGCAUUAAAUAACCUUUAAACAACUGAAAAGUAAAUGCAAAAACAUUUAUUUUACAAUUUCAGCUUGCGGUUUUGAUUUGUUUUUUUUUGUAACCUUGUGUUAUCAAACUGAAUAACCAUUUAUAUUAAAUGACAUGUACAAUAUAUCGAAUAAAUAUUAAGUGUAAUUUUGCAGUUAUGUUUAGCAAGAAAAAGAAAAACAAAUUAGUGUAAAUAUUGUAGUAGUAUCAUUACCUUUUUUCAAGUAACUAUAAAGGAUGUUUUCAAUGGAAAUUUCCAAGUGUAAAUCCAGCUUCCAUUUGAAAUGUAAAAGUGAUAAAAAGAUUUUAUACCUUCAAAUUUAAGGUAUCUAAUAAAAUGUAUUUACAUAUUUUGAGUAAUUACGUAUCUUGAGACGCAAAAUUGGUAUUGCCUUUUUAUUAAAAUUGUAUGUCAUAUUUCUUCAUUUAACCAUGUCCUGAAAAUAACCAAAGAUUUCACUUAAACAUUUUAAAUAAAAAAUGUUUAUAAACAAAUCUUAAAGUGACGGUUAAGAAAUCCUGUAAAUAUAUGAUAGCUGAUUGGGCUCUGUAUUU